AUGCCAUUUCUUUAUCAUAAUAUUUAUCAUACCAGAAGUAUGGAAAGUUUUCUUCAAGAAUGCUUGUGGGAGAUGAUUUUCUUAUUCUUACUUUAUUUCCAAAGAUUUCGUCUUGUAUUUGUCAAGCUAACAUAUUUACAUGUAAGUGUAAAAGCUUCUAUUUACGGUGGAAAUUCUCAACAAGGGAUUUUCACACUCUGA